AUGGACACUUUUCAAUUCUCAUCUGCUGGACCUAUAAGAUUUCGUAGAAAUCGGAUUCACCUAAGAACACCUUAUGACAGAGAUGCCGCUACUCCUUCUGCAACUACUAGUAUCUCUCUAGAUAAUAUUUCGAUUUACAUUCAUAGAAUAUUUGGAAAGGUAAACAUUGAACAAUUAUCAAAAAAUUGUCGAGAUCCUUCAAAACCUCGUCUUCAUGGAAAUCGUGACUUGGUAGAAACUGAUUCUAGUGCUCGUAUCGAGGAAAAAUUGUUAAUGGAAAGCCUUCCAAUCGUUCAUAAAAAAAGAGGCUAUUCGUACUCGGCAAGAGAAAAAGAUAUUGCUGCUGAAACAGACUUUUUAUCUGGCAAAAAAAGACUUUCUGAAGUUAUUCCACCCUCACCAUCAUCAUUGAGUCCAAGUAAUAAAAUCAAACCUUUAGGUUUUAAGAAUUUCGCUCAUUUGCAAGAUCAAAAUCCAAAAUCUAAUUCAUCUAUAUUAUAUGAGAGUAAUGUUGAUCAAAUAAAGAAAAUUCUUGUGAAACCACCAGUUUCUAAGAGAUUUAAAUAUGAACAAUUAAAUCAAGUGAAAAUUGAUUUUGUUAGAAAUCCUAUAAAAAUUGAUCCUAAAAUUUUAUAUGAUAUAGAUAAUUAUAAUCUUUCAUUAACUAAUAAUGGGGCAAUGUCAUCAUCAUCAACUAUUGGUAAUAAUGUUAGUAGCAGUAGUGGUAGGACUAUUAUAUCAUCUUCGCCUGUUCAAAAGCCUGAUCCAACAAAUUAUUUACAAUAUGAUUUUUCAAUAAUAACAAAACAAAAAGAAGAAAAAGAAGAAUUAGAUAGUUCAAAUAUGAUUAUUACCAAUGACAAUAUUAACAAUGACAAUGUUAAUAAUGUUGGUGUUAACAAUGUUAAAUCAGGCAUAUUAUCUACAAAUAAUUCACUUGCUUCAAAAAAUAAUGAUGAUAAACCUAUUGAUGAUAAUCUUAUUAUCAAAGAUGUGAAUUCAAUUCCUUUAGUAUCAAGUGUAACUAAUAAUCCAUUUUCGGUCCCUUCUUUUGAUCUUAAUAAUGCUAAUAAUACAAUUUUACAAACAGAAGAAGCAAAAGUAUCUGCUCCUACUGCCAACAUUACUACCACCAGUACUAGGGAUACUGCUUCAAAUAUUGUAACUGAUGAUAAAUCUGCUAAACCAAUUUCAACAACACCAUCAUCGGCUGCUCUUGUUUCCAUCACCAAAUUUAUUGUGCCUAAAGAGGCUGUCAAAUCUUCUCCAGUAAAUAAUGUUUUUGGAUCAAAGUUUUCUUCACCAAAACUAAAUGAAGACCAAACAUCAAUAGAUCUAAACACAAAUAGCUUGUUCAACACAAAGCCUAAUCUAACAUCACCAGCAUUUAUUAUCAAUCCAUUGGUAAAACCUGCUGAUUUAGUAGAUUAUAAUGAAAAAGAAACAACAAACAAAAAUAAAAAGGAAGAUAGUCAGAUUGAAAAUAAUAAAGAGACUAUGCAAACGCCUUUAACAAAACCAUUAUCUUCUACUUCAUUUAUUACACAACAGUCAUCAUCUCCAACAUCUUUGGAUAUAAGUUCACAUUCUGAUUCAAUGGAUAUUGAUGUAGGCUCUUCCGCUUCUCUCACUUAUGUCAGCUGCAUUCGAACUAAUCGUAAAACUGAUCUGGUAUCAAGUCAUAAUGAAUCAAAUAUGAUCCAACCUGUUGAUAUUGGCGGUGGUGGUGCUAAUAAUGGAGGUUCUUCAUUUAAAUUUGAUUUAGAGGUUCCAAAAACACAACCUAUUCAACUUUAUUCGCCUGAUACAUCUUCAACUUUUAUAUUUAACAAUCCAUUUUCAUUGCAACAUCAACAACAGCAACAAAAUUCUUUUGGUGGGGGUCAAAGUAGCAGCAAUAUCAAUAAUAAUAUAUUUCAGAGUCCAAUUAAUAAUUUCUCUAAUAAUGAUUCACAAAUGCCAUUUUUCAACUUUGUUGAUAGUGGUGAUGUUAGUGGUAAUUCUUUAGUGCUAAACACUCAACCAGUUUCAGGUAGACCAAUUGCCAAACCAGUCA